AUGAAUCCAGGAACCAAUUUUAAUGAACUCACAGAAAGAUGUUUGUCGCCUAGUCGGCGAAGCAAUCGAAUUCAAUCAAAGGAAGCUUUAUAUGAUUGCACAAAUGAAACUCAUAAUACUUCCUUUGCUGUAGAAGUUCCCUCUACACCCCGUAGAAAGAGAGUAAGAUGCGACCUAAACACCAAAAGGAGUGAAGAAGAAGAAGAAGUAUCAGACUCUAAGGAAAAUACACCUCCAGACUUCUUAGAACUUCCUUCCACACCGAAGACACCUCGGACACCUCGUACCCCAAGACAGACAAUUCAGCUCGUGACUCCUAGGUCUUUGAAUCGUGUGAAUAAGUCGAACCCAUUUACUAGUCGUCUUUUGCAAGCUACUCCUCAUAGACAAAUAGUUCCUCCCACUCCCUCAACACCGUCUACUCCUUCAGCAUACAAUCCAGUAAAGUCAUGUCUGCGUAAAUCCUAUCGUUCUGCCCGUGUUGUAGGUCGUGAAAAGGAAAUGCAGUUUUUGGAAUCGUUUUUUAAUCAACAUUUGACGGAUGAGCCAUCGGGCGCUGCUCUUUACAUUAGUGGUGCGCCCGGUACUGGUAAAACUGUUUUGGUGAAUGAAGUGUUGCAGGGUAUUACAAAAAAGUUUCAAAAUGCUCGACUGUGCACUGUAAAUUGUAUGACCAUCACAGAACCCAGGAUGAUUUUCGAAAGGGUUUACAAUCAACUUUUUGAUAAACAAUGCACUCUCGAUGAAGAGGAUUCCCAUUCUACUUAUCAAUCUCAAUUAAAAGAGUACUUCACCAAAGAUCAUCCUUCCUCUGCUCCUCCAAUUAUUCUCGUUUUGGAUGAAAUGGACCAUCUUAUUGCUCGUGAACAGCAGGUUCUGUACACGCUAUUCGAAUGGCCUUCUCUUCCCAUGUCCCGGCUCAUCCUAGUCGGUAUUGCGAAUGCACUAGAUAUGACAGAUCGGUUCCUUCCUCGUUUACAAACCAAAAACAUAAUCCCAACAUUGCUUUCGUUCACUCCAUAUUCAGCUCAAGAGAUUUCCAGUAUUAUAAAGGCAAGGUUGGGUUGCGCCUUAGUCCAACAGAAAACUGGAGAUACAUACUCGAACACACUUGAGGAAGAAAAAGAAAAUAGCUCACCUUCUUUUCAUGACAAGGUUUCCGACGAAGUUCCAUUUAUUCAUCCAUCUGCUAUUGAACUUUGCGCUCGAAAAGUUGCAGCCUCAAGCGGUGACUUGCGAAAAGCGUUGGAUAUUUGCAGACAUGCCAUUGAAUUAGUGGAACGCGAACAAAAAUCUCGUGGAUUAGAGGUGUUUAUGUCAACAGAUGUCUUGCCGAAAGCCACCAUUGCUCAUGUAGUUCGUGCUACUUCUGCCCUAAGUCAGUCUGCCAGCUCUCGUUUAAAAGAUCUAAGUCUUCAGCAAAAGGCUAUUUUAUGCACGCUGGUCGUGUGUAGUAAGUCGUCUUUAAGUAUCACUGAUGUCUAUGAGAAAUAUAGUUCUCUCUGUCUAAGAGACAAGUUGAUUCAUCCGUUGACAAGCUCGGAAUUUUGCGAUGUUAUGAAUUCACUAGAUGCUCUUUCAAUCGUUCGUUUGAGAUCUAAACAAAGAAAUUCAAGGUCGAAUGACCGAUUUGUCAAUCUAUUAGUUCCUGAAAUGGACAUCAUUACUGCUGUGGGUAGUAUUGGCACCUUAAAACGGUUUUUUGACAAACGGUAA